AUGUAUGAAGAUUCCUGGUACAGUUUUGUACCAGAAACCACUUCUAGAAAAGACGAAACAAUACCCCAGAAUACAAAACAUCGUCGUCGCGAGUCCUUAUUGAAACAAACAAAUGGUGCGGAUCACAUUUCUGAACCUUCCGACCCGAUUUUAGAACUUUUUGAAGAGAGUCAUGUUCUUAAAGGUCCGCCUGAAGCUACACUGGCUAGAAGAGCCAAAUCAUAUAGCGAUUUUUAUGAUAUUGCUGUCAGCUACCUUGGCAAGGAGCCCAAGUUAGAAACCCCCGGGGAUGUGUUCGGAACUUUAGAAAGUGAGGCGGCAAAUUCCUCCGUGGAAAAUCAGUAUGAAAAGUGUGAGGAUGAUCUUCUAGAUGCGAGUCAAGAGGAGUACCAGCUGUACAGAGACCAGCUAGCCCUCUCGGAACGGCACCUGGACAACAUCCUUGGUGAUACAUCAUCCGCCUUGGAUUUGCUGGCCACCCUGUCUGAGUCCUUUAAAUCCGUCGAGUCCCAGACCACAGCAUUUCAAGCUCAGUGCGAGGAUCUAUUGACUGAGCAGAAACGUCUCCGCAGUCUGGCUGAUGAGAUUGGACUAGAGUUGCAGUAUUAUGCAUAUCUAGAACCCCUCACUCGGCGUCUGAAUGCCCCUGGAGCUGGAAGAUUGGUCAGAAGUGACGACUUCCUAGAUAUGCUAAUGAACUUGAACACAUGCAUUGAUUUCAUGGACCAACAUCCAAACUACCGCGACUCAAACGUCUACAAGACUCGUUACACAUCUUUACUUGAGAGAUCCCUAAAUCUCAUACAGAUGUCGUUUUCAUCCGCUCUUCGGGAGGUUACGGACAAUGUCAAUAAGCAGCUCAAAGUCAAAGACCAGACAGAGACGGCAGAAUACAUCCUGCUCUACGGCCGAUAUGAAACUGUAAUAUCGGAUCUUGGGCCCCAGCUCGAGAGGAUAUUGAGAACGGCAGAGUUCGCAUUUAAUGAUGUUUCAAACUCAAACAACUCAAGUCCAUACAUCCAGCAGUGGCACGAGCUCUACAGACAACUCGUUGAAAUCUAUAUCAAGAGUCGUGAGCCAGUUGGCCCCUUGGUCUUGAAGAAUCUUCGGAAUUUUGCCGCCAACGUUCCAAAACCAGACACAGACUUCAAGUCUUUUGCAAGGCGUUGUGUUCAGUAUGUCUUCGAUAUUUGUCACAAUGAAUUGAAUCUUGUGGAGAAGGUAUUUCAGGAUGGACCUCAUUGGAACAAGAGCAGCCAGUUAUUGGAGAGGCUGGAGCAAAAUCGAUUGUCACAUGUCACUACGCUUUCAACCUUCUUGACGCCGUAUUUAAGCAAUGGUGACUUGACGCACAUUUGCACUCUGACAAGUUGGUUGGAAACAGUAUACCUGACCCCUGCCGAUGGUGACUUGGACGGUGAUCAAUUCAAGGAGGUUAGAAAGCUAACAGCGCAUGUCCUACUUGACAAGCAUCUAUGGCCACUGUCUGAUACACUCUUCCUCAAGGCUGCAGCAGAGAUUGAGCACUACAAGCCAACUUCCGAUGAUCUCAAGAUUACUUCAGAACCCUCCAGCUCUGUUGAGGAUAAGAGAUCUACACUUGAUAGCAAAGCACAUGAUGACCAAGAUACUCCCUCUUUGGCGAGUCCAGGAAUGUCAAGUGCUUUCCCAACUGUCAGAACUGCUGUCAAACUGUUAAUCAUGUACAACGAUGCAGUAUACGACAGACCCAAAACUGGUGAUGUGCUCUAUGAGAUCGUCCAUCAAGCCACAGAAUCUCUUCAAAAGGCCGCAACAACAAUUAAACGCAAUGCAACCAUUAUGGACGCACAGCUGUUCCUGAUCAAGAAUCUCAUGCUUAUAGAAAAUCUCUUCAUGACCCAUGAGAUCCCAGACUCCGUCCGCCAAUCCGCCGAGUUCGACUUCACGCCCAUCUGGGACACCAUCAAAGAACUCCAGGAUCGCAGGCAGCUUUUCAAUCCACUCGCCUACUUCACCCCUCUGCUCAAGGGCAAGCUCCUUCCAGCUGUCGUAGACCACCUCCUCGAUGCAAGAAAGGAGCUAGAAAAGGUCCUUGUGCAGCAAAUCACGGCUUUCACGAAACACUGGCAAGCAAGGCUGAGCAACAAGGAUCCUAAGAAGCAGACUUCGACUAGUAAGGCGUCUGCGGAACUAGAUAUUUUACUGAGAAAGGUCUUCGAUGACGAGACAACAAGGGCUGCGUUAUGGAAGAUGAUUAGAGCGGAAGACAACUAG